GGGUUUAUAGCAGCAGCCGGGCUGCCAGGCACAUUGCAGCUGCCGAGUCACCGAGCAGAAUGCUCCGUGCCCUGCUUCUCCUGCCCAGCCUCCUGGGGGCAGCCCUGGUCAGCCCCAUCUCAGGCCCCCAGGAGUGUGCCAAGGGCUCAGAGCUGUGGUGUCAGGACCUGCAGGCAGCAGCCAGGUGCGGUGCCGUGGGGCUCUGCCGCAGCGCCGUGUGGAGCCAGCCCACCGCCAGGUCCCUGCCCUGCGACGUGUGCCUGGAUGUGACGGCCGCUGCCAGCAACGGGCUGAACCCCAAUGCCACGGAGACUGACAUCCUGGCUUUGGUGACCAAGACGUGUGAGUGGCUCCCCAGCCAGAACUCUUCAGCUAGAUGCAAGGGGAUGGUGGAUGCCCACAGCUCGGCCAUCCUGAACAUGCUCUGGGGGUCCCCGGAGAGCACCCCAGCACAGGUGUGUGCUGCACUCACCCUGUGCCAGCCAUUGCAGAGGCAGCCGGCCACUGUGGAGGGGCCACUCUCUGAGGAAGACACAUCUGAGGUGGUGGCCCCGUUUUUGGCCAAUGGGCCCCUCAGCUUCCACCCUCCACAGAUCCCUGAGGAUGCUACGUGCCAGGACUGUGUCCGGCUGGUCAGCCGGCUCCAGGAAGCUGUGGGCUCCAACUUGUCCAGCUUGGCGGAAACGGCCACACAGCAGCAGUGUGAGUCCCUGGGGCCCAGCCUGGAUCUCCUCUGCAAGAUCUAUGUCCUUCGUUUUCUUGCCCCAGCUGAGCGAACACUGAAGUUUGUCCGCCCAGAGGAGACCUGCAGGUUGGGAGGCUUCUGUGAGGAGCCACAGGGACCCACCCACCGGGCUCAUGUGGCUGCUACGAACAGGGCCCCUUCCCUGGAGUCCCCAAGGAAGAUGAGCGAGGUCCAGAUGAAGGCCGGCCUGACCUGCGAGGUGUGUCUGCAAGUGAUCCAGGAGCUGGACCAGUGGCUGGAGUCCAACAGCACGGAGGCCUUAAUCAACCACGGCCUGGAACGGCUAUGCUCAAUGAUGCCCGAUGCCGUCGCCCAGCAGUGUGUCACCUUGGUGGACACCUACAGCCCCUCCAUCGUGGAGAUGGUGACCAGAGUCAACCCGGAGAACAUAUGCAAGGCGGUCCGGCUCUGCAGCAGCCAGAGGCGGGCCCGGGACAUCCGCUGGCCCCACAUGACCACACUGCCACCCCUGCUGGAUGGUGAAAACCAGGGUACCUUCUGCAACGGCUGCAAGAGGCUGCUCGGCGUGUCGUCCCGCAGCCUGGAGCGCAAGAGCACCAAGCGCAACAUCCUGGCGGCUUUCAAGGGCGGCUGCGGCAUCCUGCCGCUGCCCUACAUGAUCCAGUGUAACCGCUUCGUGAACGAGUACGAGCCCGUGCUCAUCGCGACCCUCAUGGAGAUGAUGGACCCCACGGCCCUGUGCACGAGGAUGGGUGCCUGCCACUCCCCCAGGACGCCGCUGCUGGGCACCGACCAGUGCGUCAUGGGCCCAAGCUUCUGGUGCGGGAGCCAGGAGACGGCCGAGCUGUGUGGCGCCGUGGAUCACUGCCAGCGGCACAUCUGGAAAGUGGCGCGCUUCCACGCAGGGCCACAUGCGUGACCGCAGCCGCGGCUGCCAGUGACCCAGUGCUUGCUCGGGUCCAUCCGGGAGGCCCUUAUCUCCUUGAAUCCCAACCACAGGGACCUGGCGAGGUGGGUGCUGUCCCCAUUCCCAUUCCACAGAUGAGAAACUGAGGCUCCGGCGGGGAGGCUGCAGCAGGCAAGGGCUGGAGGUGGGACACCCAGCCCCGUCUCAAUAACCCUGCCGUGUGGCUGUGCCAAUGGCCUGUGCCCACCCCCGCCCGGCCGAAGCCCCGCAGUCUCCAUCACUGGACUGGUGCUGGCCGUGUGAGGGGCCUGCACUGGCCUCCGGUGCCCCCCUGCGCCUUGCAGACGAAUGCGCCCGCUGACAGCCAUGCUGGGGUCCUCGCUGGGGUGACCGGAGGCAGGGGUGGAGGGCGGGUGAGAGGGGCCAUCACAGGUGAGGCCCAUCCCUCUUGUCAAACAGCUGGGGCCGGGGGCUGGGUCUCAUCCACGACCACCAUCACUUGCUCAGGCCAGAGCUUCUCAACCCGGCGUCCCUGGGGGUGAUCCUGAAGGUGUGUGUGAGGUGUGUCUGUGGACCUUUCUGGGGAGGAGGCUGGGGCUUUAAGCACAUCUCCCAGGGUGCCUGGGCUCAGAGCAGGCCUUCAGAUGCCUCUGCCCACCAUGGGACCCUCUCCUUGUACCCUGGACUCUUGGCUGCCCUGCUAACAGGCAGGUCUCUAAACAAGGAGAGAAAGAUGUGCCAGGUAGGAGCCCACGGGAGAGCCCAGGGGCCCGAGUGGAGCUGCGGCUGUGGGGCCCUUCAGUGGAGCAAGUCCCUUCAUCUGUCAGAGCCUCAGUAUUCCAAUCUGUAGAAUGGGGUGAUCAGACCUGUCUCAUGGGGAUAGUGACACAAUUCAAGGAGAUGUCCACGAGCUUCUCCCGCAGAGACCACGCCCACCGGUCUGCGGGGACCGACACAACCCAGCGAGGGUCCCCAGAAGAACCUGGCUGUGCAAGUAUGGAAUAAACCAA